AUGUCAAGCGAAGACCAGGAAGCACAGGAGGAUGAAUUACUAGCUCUCGCUAGUAUUUUCCCCAAAGAUGAAUUCCGGCGAGCAGAAACUUCAAACGGAGGGAAAAUCCAAGUGUGCCUCGAGUUACCAUCUAACUUUGAAAUAUCUAUCAAAAGUGAGUGUUUGUCUUUACUAAUGUACAGAGCCUCUUGAACAUGAAGACAUGUGUGGGUUACCCUAUACAUAUAGAGUGGAAAAAUAUAAUUGAAUUGAAUGGUUACUUGAUAUACAUUGGCUUGGAGAAAACAUAGGGAAUAUGAUAUUUGCUUGCCAGAGCACUCUGAUUGGUUUAGAAGCCAGUGGUCAGACCACUACUAAGAUUUAAAAUCAUCUAAAAACCUUUACUAUAUUUGAAAUCGUAUUCCUUGUGGUGCUGUCAUGGAAUAUUUUGUUUGUUGCAUUGCAUCUUUUCUUCAUUUUUUCUUAUUUUCAUUGAUAAUGUCUGGAUAUUAUGUUUUUUUUGUGGUUUUUGGGGACUGAAGAAACAAAUAUUUAAACAUAGAAUGUGACGGCAGGUAACCUUUGGCACAUCUAGUCUGCCCAAUUUUCUAAAUACUUUCAUUAGUCCCUGGCCUUAUCUUAUAGUUAGGAUAGCGUUAUGUCUAUCCCACACAUGCUUAAACUCCCUCACUGUGUUAAGCUCUACCACUUCAGCUGGAAGGCUAUUCCAUGCAUCCACUACCCUUUCUGUAAAGUAAUACCAAAUUAGUUUUAAACAUUUGCCCCUAUAAUUUAAGACUAUGUCCUCUUGUUGUGGUAGUUUUUCUUCUUUAAAUAUAGUCUCCUCCUUUACGGUGUUGAUUCCCUUUAUCUAUUUAACAUGAAAAGGAAAGAAGACGUCUGAUGGGUGAGAAGGUUAAAUAAGGUACCUUUUAUUUAAAUGGAAGAUGGCCAGGGACAUGUGGUCCCAUAGUCGCAGAAGGGAAGGGACAAUUUGGGGGAGGGAUAGACAUUGAUCUAUACACACCCAUUAUUUAUGCCCAUUGGGUGAGGCAUGGGGGAAGAACCAGACCAACUCCCCCUAUCGUUUUAAAUUUCAGAUUUUGCAUUCCAAGUGGCCCUGUACGUAGCCGGAUGGUUUUGCCCCAUUCGGUAAAACUGUUUCAGUUACUCAGUUCCAUUGCGGGAGACAUCUUCAUCCUCUGAUUGGAGAGUGUGAAAGUGCUGUGUGUACAAAUGCACCCCCAUGGGGGUGCAUUGUGUGCACCAAUAUAAACAUGCUUUCACUGAUCUAUAUUCAAAUAUAUAAGAAUUUAAGAUUUUUUUUAGGUUAUCCAUCAACUGAGAUAUAGCAAUGCCUGAUUUUACCAUUAUAUUGCCUGAACCCAAAUGCAUUUAUUAACCCUUUAAGGACCAAACUUCUGGAAUAAAAGGGAAUCAUGACAUGUCACACAUGUCAUGUGUCCUUAAGGGGUUAAAGAGAGAGAAUAAAUAUUGUAAGGGUAUUGUGCAGACAGAGCUGGCCAAAUAGAACCCUUUAGAUGGUAAUUUUAUUUCUUGUUUACUAAGACAUUCUUAUCUAAUGCUCAGUGAAUUGGACUUUAACCGUACACUGAUGACUGUUGCAGGCUCUAGUAUGUUAUCAGAGCUGGAUAUGAGAAAUCCCAAAUGAAACACACUGUGCAAUAGGUGAACCUACAAUGAAAGUUAGUUUGUUUUUAUUUUUUUAUUUCAGGAAGUUUAUAGGGUGGCUGUGUGAGUCUCCAAGGGAUGUGCGGUUAGGGCCGCAUAAAUUGCAAGAUAAAUUUAAUUGAAAUACCAAUGAAGUCUUUUUGAGGUUUUCAUAAAGAUUACAUAAUUCCUAAGCCCAUGGCGCUUUUAAAGGAAACAAAAUGUAAAAACUUGUGUUCCUCUCCAAAAUUAGUUGGUUGUCACAUUUCGGCAUUCUACGGCUUGAUUCACAAUGCCAACACUGUCCUGUACUGGUAUUUACACAAUUGUGGACGAGACAACUAGAUGCCAAGAUCUCCCAGGAAAAGUGGGAAUGAUUAUUCACAUACCUACCUCAAUAAUAUUUUACAUUAACUUUCACUCUGUAAAUAAAUAUAGACAGUCCCAUAUCCCCCACUUAUUAAAUGCAGCCAUGAAUGGAGAAAAUACAUACAUCUUCUGGCCAUGCAUAUUAUACUAUUUGAGUGAGGCAUCUGCUUUUACAUGACCUGAGAUGUGUUGACACCCAUCACUGCUCUGACAUUACUGAGCUUUGGUUCUUCUAACCUACCUGUGACCCAUGUGUGUAAUCUGUGUAGGCUGCCUCUGUUUUGUAAUUUAUUAUUUUUUUGUGUUGUUUAAUACGUUGUGCUCCCCAUCAAACAUUACUUUGUCCACAUUGCCUUUAUAUUGUGCACUUCCUGACUGAGACUGCUGUUUUGAUUUGUUCAGGCUCGCUAUCGAGGGAUUGAUGUAGGAGCUAAUGGAACCGAAGCUCCAGGCCCAUGCCCAUGGGGUAGACCCAUUGAUUUAAAAAAAAAAUAUUAAAACUUGUGUGGAAUGACUGACCAUAAAUAGUUAAGAUAAAGCUGACUUUGCUCAAUGUGCAAAUGUCUCUAACGGUGUGGCAUGUCCCCUUAUUUCUACAUUCAUUCACCUUACUUUUCCUUUGGCUAUAUAUCAGAAGCUUCUGCCUGCUAGUAAGAAAGGAAGGAGAGAAAUGGACAAGUGAGUGCUGGGGGACAUCACACAACUGUCCCCAGAAAGCAUAGAGCAAGCGCUUCAUAGGAUGUGUUUGUGGCAAGCUCAUGGUUCUUAAACAGUGCCGUCUGCCUAGUCCACCCUUAGCUGGCCGGCAACCUGGCACGCAUUCACACCAGACUGACCUUACAAUUCUUCAGACGGACCUGCUCCCUUUUUCUGCGUGGGUCCGGCCUUUUGGGAAGUGCUAGUGAUUUACAUUAAUGGCCAGCCUUCUUUUAUCCCGCCCACCGGUGUCCUGCUCCAUAGGACGCCGAUGCUGGGGGUAGUAUGGAUUUGGUUGAGAGAUGCAUGCAAGAUAUUAGCAUAGGGUAUAUGUAUGUUUAUAAAUGCAUCUUGUGAGUUUCCCUCCUGCACCACCUGCAUGACUGUUUUAGGUGUUUUUUUUUGUUUUUUUGUUUUUUGUCACUAAGAUUCUUUAAUGAGGCCAUCAUAGUUGUCAGCACCAGGCCCAAUGGUCUCUUAAUCCGUCUUUGCUUGCACGCCAACAUUAUUCUCUUUUCUUCUCAAUGUACAAGGCUUCACCUACCACAGUAUUAUGUAUGCUUUAGAAAUAAAAAUAACAUUAAAAAUGUCUUCGUGUAAAACUUGAAGAUUAGUGCCUGUUUUUUUUCCACCUAACAAAAGUUAUAUUAUUUAAAUUCAAAUUACAAAAUUUUGGAUACAAUAGCUAGUGACUGUAGGCAUACAUAUUAACCUAUGUUAAUAGAUAUGUUAAAGAGGUAUGUAGAAAAAGAUCUAGCUGACUGCCUCGAUUAAUAUUUUUGUUUAGUAUUUACAGAUGAAAAUGAAGGAAAGGGGCCACAGUUAGGAAAGAGGACAAAUAAGUAAUUUGUUACAUGUGAGUUUACAGAGGAAGAGGUUCUAUUUCAAAUGUCAAAAGUAAAGACAAAUAAGUUGAUGGGGCCAGAUAGAAUACACCCAAAGUUAUUAAACAAGCUUAGUGGUGUACUAGUAAAACCAUUAGCGGACUUAUUUAACCAAUCAUUGUUAACAGGAGUAGACCCAGAAGAUUGGAAAGUUCGAUUGGAAGUAAGCGAAUGUUGUGCCCAUUCACAAGACAGGUAGCAGGGAGGAGUCAGGCAACCUUAGGCCAGUAAUCCUUACUUCAGUAGUGGGGAAAGUAAUGGAAACCAUGUUAAAGGAUAGGAUUGUUGAACAUCUAAAAUCACAUGGAUUUCAAGAUCAGAGACAACAUGGGUUUACUUCAGGGAGGUUAUGCCAAACUUAUCUAAUUGAUUUUUUGAUUGGGUAAUUAAAAUAAUAGAUCAGGGUGGUGGAAUAGACAUUGCUUACCUAGAUUUCAGUAAGGCUUUUGACACUGUGGCACAUAGAAGGCUUAUUAAUAAACUGCAAUCUUUAAGUUUGGAUUGCAAUAUUGUUAAAUGGGUUAGGCAGUGGCUGAAUGGCAGGCAACAGAGGGUUGUAGUUAAUGAAAUAUAUUUGAAGCAUGGUCUUGUUACCAGUGGGGUACCUCAGGGAUCUGUACUUGGACCCAUUCUCUUUAAUAUUUGUAUUAAUGAUAUUGCAGAAGGUCUUGAUGGUAAGGCAGAGCUUGACACAUUUGUUUAGAAUAUAGGAGCCAGCUAAAAAAGUUAGGAGCCAGUCAUUUUCAACGAGAAAGUGCAAUUCUUAAAGGGACACUAUAAUCACCAGAACCACUACAGCUUGAUGUAGUUGUUCUGAUGUCUAUAGCCUGUCCCUGCAGGCGUUUCAGUGUAAACACUGCAUUUUCUGUAAAAAGGCAGAGUUUACAUUGCUGCUUACUAACACCUCUAAUGACUGUCACUCAGACUGUCACUAGAGAGUCCUGGGUCAGUGUCUCCAAGCUCUGCUGAAUGUUCCUCAUAUAGAUUGGUUCAUGUAAUGCAUCUCUAUGAGGAGAUGUGGAUUGGUACAUUUGCUGCGCAUGCACAAAAUCCUACCAAUGCUUUCCGAAGGGAAAGCACUGCCUUAGCUGAGAUCAUAAAGAUUGAUCAUCUCAGCCAUGGCAAAACUGUCACGGCAUGGGAAAAUGGGAAGAAAGGUGAGUAAAAAACACCUUCCUCAAGCGAUCGGAGGGGGCAGGUACCUAAAUGCGCACGCACACACUGACUGGCUCUCACACACACACACACACACUCUGACAGGCUCACAUACACAUUCAUGCUGACAACAGGCUUGCACGCACACACUCUGACAGGCGCUCAUACACACUCUUGACAGGCUCUCACACACACACAUACAGACACUCUGACAGACUCUCUCUCACACACACUUACAGAUACUGACAAGCUCUCUCACACACACACUCUGACAGGCUCGCUCACUCUGACAGCACACACACACUCUUGACAGGCGCACGCACACACACUUACAGGCUCUCUCACAAACACACACAGUCUGACAGGCUCUCUCACAAACGCACACAGUCUGACAGGCUCUCUCACAAACGCACACAGUCUGACAGGCUCUCUCACAAACGCACACAGUCUGACAGGCUCUCUCACGAACACGCAGUCUGACAGGCUCUCUCACAAACACACACAGUCUGACAGGCUCUCUCACAAACACACACAGUCUGACAGGCUCACACACAGACACUCUUGACAGACUCACACAGGCUUACACACACACACACACACACACACACACAUUUUUGUUUGAAUUGAAACCCACUCAGCCUCCCUACCUUUGGGAGAGCUGAGUGAGUCUUUCCUGGGGUCCAGUAGGGCUGCACUCUAACUGUAUGCGAGGGAGCAGUACUCUGCCUGUAGCUCCUCUUUGCUCCCUCGCGCUCUGUAGUGAUGCCGGGGCCGGAAUGACGUCAUAUUCCCGCUCCCGACAUCAUUACACAACGCGAGGGAGCAGAGUACUACUCCCUCGCGUGCUACCCAUAAUGCUCCCGCAGGCGGCGCCCGCACACAGUGCUUCUGCGGACGGCCACCUCCAUGUACCCGCGGGCGGGCGGCAUCUUCCAUGUACUCGCGGGCAGGCGGGUGGCAUCCUCCAUGUACCUCGCUGGCGGGCGGCCGGUCCAUGUACCCGCGGGUGGCGUCAAAGCUCCCUCCCACACUAACUAAAGCUUGCAAAUCCCAGACGCCAGGGCAAAAUUUCUAGUCGUCAUGGCGUUCUGGCACCUGGGAUUUGUCGAGCCCUGUGGUAAGGUAUGUCUUUUUGCUGAUGAUACCAAGAUAUGUAACAGGGUUGAUCUUCCUGGAGAGAUAAGCCAAAUAGCAAAUUAUUUAGGUAAAUUAGGAGAAUGGUCAGAGCUGUGGCAACUGACAUUUAAGCCUGCCUAUAUUUAAAAGAAGAAAAACUACCACUACAAGAGGACAUAGUCUCAAAUUAGAGGGGCAAAGGUUUAAAAAUAAUAUCAGGAAGUAUUACUUUACUGAGAGGGUAGUGGAUGCAUGGAAUAGUCUUCCAGUUGAAGUGGUAGAGGUUAGUGAAGGAGUUUAAGCAUGCGUGGGAUAGCUAUAAGGCUAUCCGAGACUUAAGAUAAGGCCAGGUACUAAUGAGACUAUUUAGAAAAUUAGGCAGACUAGAUGGGCCAAAUGGUUCUUAUCUGCCGUCACAUUCUAUGUUUCUAUUUUGGUAUAAUGUAUGCAGAUUGGUUUUCAUAUCAUUACACUUGGUGUUUUGCAAACGGCCCCCAGAGUUUUAGUUAACCAUCUCAGUACUAGUACUAUCCCAAGAUUAGUAAAUAGGACUCCUUGAGGUGCAGGAACAAGUAUUUAGUCUCUGUCCAAGUUUACCUUUUGUCAUUUCUCCAGGUAACGCUGCAGAAAACAUCUUCAUUGAGGACUUUAAGGACACACUUUCCUACCUACCACCAAUUGUGCUGAGUUUUGAAUUUCCUUCCGAUUACCCAUCAACCUCGCCUCCGAACUUCACACUCAGCUGCAAGUGGCUCACACCCAAGCAGGUUAAUUAGAUUUAUUUACAAGUUCUAAAUAUAAUAUUAAUUUCAUCACCCCGUAAGUAGUUGGUCAUAGUGAAGAUCUGUGAAAUACUUUUUUCAGAUCAUAAGCUGUCAAUGCAAUGUCCCAAGAUGCAUCAGAAAUGCUACUUAUCAGCUGUUUUGGAACUUAUCUUCCAGUGUGCCUCAGAGAUUUUCUGAUUGGUUAAUUGUUUUACUUGUUUCAGCUUGUUAGACUUUGCCAGCACUUAGAUGAACUCUGGAAGGAGAAUGCAGGAUGUGUUGUCUUGUUUGCUUGGACUCAAUUUCUAAAGGAGGAGACACUUGAAUACUUAAGCAUCCAAUCACCCUAUGAGAUUGAAGUGUGUCCCAAUGUGUCUCAGAAUGGGCUUCCCCCAGGGGAAACCGAUCGCUGCAGCAAUGCAGAAUCACAAGAGGAUGGGGUCUGUGACAAAAGGGCCAUACAGGAUGCGGAGUCUGUUUCUGCCCUGAUGAAAUACAUCUUGGAAUUCAACGAGUCUCAGCAAAAGAAAUGCUUUGAUGGCAAGUUGUACAUGUGCAAUAUCUGUUUCUCAGAGAAGCUGGGUAGUGAGUGCACAAAUUUUAAACUUUGCAAUCAUGUCUACUGCAACAUUUGCCUCAAAGAUUACUUCGAAAUUCAAAUCAAAGAUGGCCAAGUCCACUCUCUGAACUGUCCAGAACCAGAGUGCUCCUCCACAGCUACACCUGCUCAGGUAACCCCCAAAGUUUUCUUAAUAUACCAUAUACCACAGUUAUGUUCCUUUGUGCUGUGCUUGAAUUUGGUAUUUGGCUUGUGUUGGCCCACAGAUACUAGAAAGCCUCAUGUCUUCAUGUUAUAUGCAUUUUGUUAGAGCGCUCUGAAAAUGUGAUAUAGAAUUGUCAUUGUUUAGAUUAUUUAUUUUAUACGUAGAUAGAAUAAUGGAAGUAAUCACCUCUGCCUCUUUGCGUGUAGGUAAAGGAACUGGUAGAAGAAGAGUUGUUCAGCCGUUAUGACCGUCUCCUCCUGCAGUCCAGCUUGGAUCUCAUGCCAGAUGUUGUGUACUGUCCUCGUCCAAGUUGUCGGGCACCAGUCAUGCAGGAACCAGAGAGCACUAUGGGUAUUUGCCCCUGUUGCCAUUAUGCCUUCUGCACUCUCUGUAAAAUGACCUACCAUGGAAUCUCCCCAUGUAAAGUAACAGCAGGUAAGUAAAUUAUGAAUCAGAUCUUUUGUGUUCUUAUUAAUGCCAUUGUGCUGAUAGAAAGUUUUAACUGGUUCUCAAAGUGUUGAAGGCAUUGUAAAUGUAAAAUCUUCACUUAUUACUGAUUAGAACAAAUUAAUCAUCUAUAUUUUGAGAUUAGCUUUUAGCCAAUGAAUAAUUUCCAAACUAUGUAUAUUAAUGCUGAAGAUUUAACUUACAACAGAGCCAGAUAAGUGUUAGUACUUGUAUACAGCUUGCCUGUUUUCCACCGGACAGCAGUAAUAGCAGGCUAUUCCAGGCUCCAUAAUAUUUUCAUUAAUUAUUUAGUGGUCAAAUACAUACUAUCUUAAACACAUUCUGAUACAUUAAAGUCUGAUGGUAUAAUCUGCAUGUUGGUACGCAUGCAGUUUUAAACACAUUUAAAUGUAUUUUUUGAAUUCUUUUUACUUGUUUCAGCAAAACUCCUUGAGUUGUGUUUAGAAUAUCAAGAAGCAGAUGAGGCCACAAAGAAGUUUCUGGAGUUGCAGUAUGGGAAGAAAGUGUUGCACAAUGCAUUGGCUGAGAUGGAGAGCAAAGAUUGGCUGGAUAAAAAUUCCAAGUAUUGUCCCCGCUGUGAAACUCCUAUACAGGAAAGUCAUAUAAGCCUGCCUUUUGCAGGGUGGGUGGGAUAAUCUUAAGCUGUCAAUUAGUAUUCAUAAAAGGAAACUUGCAUUUAGAUGCACAACUCACUGAGAUAGUAUCUUCAAGUUUUUACACCUUCAUGGCCAGUGUUUUUCUGUGUUCUUCUGUGUUCAUUAACAAUGCCUUUUGGGCACUUUUGCUAUGUGUUCAUUCCAUAGUAAUUUAAAGGGACACUGUAGUCACCAGAACAAUUACAGUGUAUUGUAGAUGUUCUGGUGAAUGUAGUCAAUCUCUGCAGGCUUUUUGCAGUAAACACUGUCUUUUUAGAGAAAAAGCAGUGUUCACAUUACAGCCUAGGGCCACUCUUCAGAUGGCUAGUAGAGGUGCUUCCUGGCGUUUAAUGUCUCCACCCUCUGCAUGAUGACACUGACCUUUCCUCAUAGAGAUGCGUUUAUUCAAUGUAUCACUAUGCGGAGAUGCUGAUUGGCCAGGGCGGUGUUUGGCUCUGCUCCCCCACUCUGCCUCCUUGACUGAGAUCAUCAGAAUUGACAAUCUCAGCCAAUCCAAUGUAUUCCUGUGGGAUUGGCUGAGAUCAUCACUUCUGAGGAUAUCAGCAAGGUUGUGGGGGAAUUUCUUUUCAUUAAUUAUUCCCCACACACAAACACUCACAUGUAUGUGAUGAGGAGAGAGGGGUAAGGGACAGUACUUACAAGGUAAUUCUUGGAAGCAUCCGGUAUUCCCUGCAAUGCAAAACAAACUAGAGUGUUGUUGGGUGCAAGCCCCUAGAUAGAGAUUUAAACUCAGUCACUGGAUUGGAUAGUGCUAUCUGCAAAAGGCACUGAUCCAAGGAUUGAGAAAUGUCUGAAAAUCAAAUUUAGAAUGACAUUUAGGCAAAUUCCCUUUUUUAAUGCCUGUACCACCAUAAUCCUGAAGUUGAUAAAACAACAACAACAACAUAGGUUGCAUUUUACUUUUGAGUCCCAUGGAUUCUAAUAUGGAUUAUAUGAAAAAAAUGUUCAACAAUAACAAUGUACUAAACAACAACUGCAUUCUAUGCAAGGUUCGUUGCACCCUCUCCUGUACUAACCCAGGAGAACCCAUGUGUUUAGAAAAAGUUGUCUGUGUAGGAUCAUAUAUUCUAAUUAAAGGAAAACUCCAGGUCUAUAACAAUUGUAGCUUGCUGUUGUGGUUAGCUUGCCAAGCGUUUCCUGGCAUCUCAUAAGGAGUUAAACUGUUUUUGAAUGCUUACAUGAGGUUUGUUGGGUGCUGCACCCUGCCUCCACCACCAUGUUCCAAAAGCCAGAGAUUCCUCAACAGGAACUUACGUUAUGUUGCAGGCCAUAGCUCAUUGGCCGAGAGUGUCCACUGAUCGCAUAACUUCUGGUUUUUGGGAAAUGGUACUUGGGGCAAAGCAUAGUGCCCUGUGGACCUCAAGUAAAAAAGUCAAAUCGGUCAAAAAUAGUUUGAACCCGUACAAAGGAGGUCGCCGGGGCACUCGUGGCCCCAUAACCAGUACAGCAAGCUAUCAUGGUUAUGAUGUCUGGAGUGUUCCUUUUAAUGCAAUUUUUGUUUUGGUUUAUCCAUCUAUUUGUUUUUCCCUGUGAUUCUAAACUUUGCUUGUUUGCUCUUACAGAAAAUGUACGGCUGCAACAAGAUGGUGUGCACUGGUUGUAAACAAUAUUUCUGCUGGCUAUGUAUGACCAUAUUGACAAAAGAUAAACCGUACACUCAUUUCAAUGAUUCCACAUCAGGCUGCUUCAGUCGGUAUGUGUAGCGUUCAUUUUUAGCCAAAAUGUGAUAAACCCAUGUUUUUAUGAUAAGAAUUGAUUUUGCCAAAUAAUUUGUGAGCUUGUUUGAAGACCACAACUUGUAUGUUUUGCAUGUGAUAUCAGGAAAGGACAAUAAUACCAAGCAAUAACAUGACACUGGGGCGGGACAAUGUCACUUUUAAAUUUAACCACUCAGCCUUGGUAUUUAAAUAAAUUCAAAGGGCUUUCCACCUUGCUAACUUUGAGUGCGGUACAUAGCACUUUUAUUAGUCUGGGGCCACUAACUGACCUGACAGACAGAACCAUCAGGUAUUGAAAGAUGACUGGGGUGCCUUUUUUAAAUUUAUUGUUUGUUUUUUAAACCUGCUGGCUUGGGGAAGAGACAGAAAUACCACGGCUGAGGGAGAUUGCAUUCACUUUGAACGCUGCACAUAGCUUGUUUAUCAGUCGGAGUGUUUGUCAAUCGGGGGCCUCUAUCUAUGGGCCCCAGCUGAAAAAGAGAAUCCUCAGGGACUAAAAACUGCAAUAAUUACACUUGCAGAGUUAAGGGUGAUGGCAGUUGGCACCCAGACCACUCCAAUGGGCAGAAGUGGUCUGGGUGCCUGGAGUGUCCCUUUAAUGCAUUAAAGGACUCUGGGCACCAGCAAAAACUUCAUCUCAAUGAAGUGAUUAUGGUACCUGGAGUACCCUGUACAGUAUAGUGUAUAACAGUAGUAAUGUCCCCAGACACCCAUCCACUAGGCUCUGAUCCACUGCCUCCUCUUUGCUGCUUUGGCUAAUACAAACACAUUCGCUUGAAUAGCGAAGAGCAGUGAUAACCAGAGAAUGCCAGCUGUCUCAAAUUAUCAUUAGCCACCCAUCACAAGUAAAGGUUAAAAAAUGUUGCACAUUUGCCUUUAAUGGGGGCCAGUGAUAGGGUGAGAUCUUCAAUAUAAUAAAGGGACACUGCCUAAAUAAAAAAUAAAUAAAAAUUACUGUUUAGUAUAUAUACCCAACUGAAAACUUGCAUGUAUUUAAUUAUGCUUUUUUCCAUUGGAGUUCUAUCUAAAACUGCAGAUAUCUUAUCUGCUGCCUUUGCAAGCCUUCCUAUUGUAACUCUGCCCUGACUGUCCAAUCACACAUUUCCCAAUGUGAGAAGUCUUUGCAAGACAGGUGCUCUGGGCAAUUGCUGCCUCUUCAGUUCAGUGCAAAUAAGCUAACCAAACCAGGAAGUAACAGGACCUGUUGUUUCCUUGUAACCAGGUAAAUUUAAAAAAAGUGUACAUUUCUAUUGAAAACUACACUUAUUCCAAAAUGAAAAAAUAGGACAAACCCUUCAAACAUAAAGCAAGCUAAAGUGCUUUAGGGGCUUGUAGUGUCCCUUUAAUGUAUUGUAUGGUAAGGUCAGUAUAAAUGGAUUAUUUAAAGUAAGCCUGUUACCAUAGAGGUUAUCAUAAAUGUUCCUGCAUAAAAUGCCAUACUGUUUGCUUUUCAAACUGUACUGUAGUUUUGGAGAAUUCAGAGUUAUUAGUUGAUAACUAUAUAAUCCGUUCAAAAUAUCUCUCUUUCGUGUCUGCUGUCUUUUUGCAAAAGCUGCAGAAUUAUAACCUCUUAUUCAGAGCACACAUUUCCUUUCAUGUAGUAUAUAAUAUUAAAGGACAACUGUCAUCAAAAUUUCACUUCUCCUUCUGCUCAAAGUUUAUUACAUUUAAAGGGGCUUUGUCACUUAUCUUUCUCCAAUUUAUUUAUUUUUCUUCACUCGUAAUCUAUUCUCUUCUUCUUCUAAAAUACAUAAAGAGGCACAAUAGGUACUCAGACCAUUUUAUUUCCAUGAAGUGGUGUGGGUGCCAUGCCACCACCCCCACAUUUUGCAGAACAGCAUUGUUCUCAUUUCCGAACUUAAAUAUCUCUAUCGGCUGUCUGUCAGGCAGUCACUAGAGCCACAAUGAAAUAGCCAAAUGAAAUUUAAAUGGCCUCAGAGUGGCGUUUUGGUAUGAGUGCACGAUAGCCUUUCAAUGUUUUCCUAUGGGAAAGAAUUGGAUUAGCUUAAAUUAUCAACUGUGGAGAUAGGCCCUGCGAAAAAGACGAGGUAAGUAAAUUACCUUUUUAUUCUGGUGGGGUCACGGGCCAAAACAGCCAACAGGAUACUAUAGCGUGAGGAAUCCAAAUUUGUAUUCCUAGAGCUAUUAUGUUCCUUAAGGCAAAGUAGGGACUACUUUCCUCCUCUUGACAGGUUUUGUCACUUCCCUCGCCCGAGUGAUGGCUGUGGGGAAAAGGGUAUUGUCUUGCUCAUCGUCAGACAAUAUCUGUGGAGGCAUCCACAAUCUUGCAGGAUCCUCCGUAGACAUCAUUGCUGUACUCUAACACAAGAGCGUGAGCUCCUGGCGAAUCAGGUAAGUAUAUUUUGGCACCGCACAAGGUGACAGAAGGUGACAGAGCAAGUAAGUUUAUACAAGUUCAUUUUAUACAAAUGACAGGAGCAGAGAGAUGAUAAAGGCUCUGACAGUGAAAAUGCUCGGAUUACACAGAGCGUAAGAGCAGUGCUACACGGAUGGCUGUCUGCUCUCACAAUGUGUUCCCAGUGUAUCCAAGGGUUAUGUAACAGACUGCAUAAUAACAGAUCAUGUUAAUGUCAUUUUAAUGUAUGACAUGGGGCUGCAUGGAAAAGAGCAGGCAGAUACACACAGACAGGGCUGUCUGAUGCAGUGAUUGUUUUGUGUAAACCUGCAGCAACAAGAAAGUUAGGUUGCGCAACAUUCAGUCAGAUAAAACAGUAGAAUCUGAAUCAACGUGGCUGCUCAGCCAGAUAAAAAUUUAACAGAUUCAGUUUCUUUAACCCCUUAAGGACCAAACGUCUGAAAAAAAAAAAAAAAAGGGAAUCAUGACAUGUCACACAUGUCAUGUGUCCUUAAGGGGUUAAAUGUAAUAAACAUUCAAUUUCCAAUAAGCAACAGUGACAGUUGUGCUUUAAUGGUAUUCAACUGUGGGUGACUUUCACAGCUUAGAUAGUAAAGGAAGAUUUAUUUCAAGUGGGUCACAUUUAACAGAUGUCAUCAGCAUUUCCUAAUAUCUUUGUUUCUUUGUUUGCAGGCUAUUUGAAGGUGUAGAGGGUGAAGAGAAUGAAGAAGAAGCAAACUAA